CCACCGUCGCUCGCCGAUAAACUGUUAAGUAGUGUUUAUAGUAUGUCUGGACAGACUAAGGCCAUCUUAUAUGUAGGAUAUUAUAUCGUAUGAUAUUUUCAGUUAUCAGCUUGUUAUUUCGCCUUGUGUUAUUUGUUAUCGCGGAGUCAGACGGGGUGGACUAUGAAUGAUACCCAGAGCUGGCUAUAUAAGCCCUUUGACAGCGUGGUACUCGGUGUAUAUGAAUUGUUUGAACUCCUACUCAGUGCUUGGAAUAUGUUUGACUCUACAACCACGGCUAAAGCUAUCGGUGGUGUCGGCAUCCCCGACGUCUGCUACACGGAGCUAUUUCAGAGGCGGUACCUCUUUUACGGACAAUGUCUGCUAACUUUUGUGGUGAAGAUCUACGGCUACGUGUUGAUUGGAUCCAUGAUUCUUGGCCAAAUUCCUCAAAUUUUCAAAGUUCUCAAAAGACGGAAUGGGUCUGGAAUCAAUGUCAUGAGCACUCUUCUCAUGUUGGAAGCUUCAUCGUCAAUAGUAGCAUACUCCGUUUGGAAGCAGUUUCCAAUAAAUACUUGGGGCGAGAAUCUCGUGUUUAUGGUGGAGAAUGUUAUCCUGGUUUGCCUGUUACUACAGUACAACAGACGCCCUCUGUCGGCUCUGCUGUUCAUGCUGCUCUAUACUGUAGUUAUGCUGGCGCUCCUGCUUCCUCUGCUGCCUACCACUUUCCUCAUAUCACUCAACAUCCUAAGCAUGCCUGCUCUAAGUGUUAGUCGGGUGAUACAGAUCUACACGAACUAUAAGAACCACGGAACUGGUCAGCUGUCCGCGGCCUCCGCCUUCCUCAGCACCUUCCAGAGUUUUGGGAGGUUCACAUCCUCCCUCCUUCUGACCAUGGACAAAAUCAUGAUCUUCACCUUCGUCCAGGCUAGUCUGCUGAAUAUCAUAAUCACCGGGCAGAUCGUGUAUUAUAGGAGGAAGGAGAAGAAAGCGAAGAGAGUGACGUGAUGAGGGAACACGACAGGAAUUACCGUGUCCCGACAGUAACAGAACAGAUCAGGGUUAAGACCCUCCGUGUGCCAAAUGUGAGCACUGCAUAAUCCUCCCCAAGUAUAGAGCAUGACAAAGUCCAUAGAUAUGUGAACAGAACUGAAAAAUCUAUGAGAAUUUAAAAAAGAAAAGAGGCUAUGUUGUUUUAAGGGGAAUUGAAUCCGCCCAUAUGCAGGAAAAAAUCUCAAAGACCAAAUUCAAGAAUUGUUUAUGACUUUGACUUAUGUCUGUUUGUCUCUCUUUUUAACUGCAUACAACGAUGUGUAAAAUAAAAUUGGAUGCUUUCAUGCAACCUGA